AUGCAAACAAGUGGUAAACAGUUCUUUGAAGGUUGUGGUAAGGAGGGUCAGAUACGAUGUAUAUUUCUAAGUGAAUUCCAUGCCACAGCAGGUUCAAAAAUAAGUUGUCAGGUUCCCCCGGAUUAUGUCCAGAAAGACGUGUUCGAUGCCAUCAGUGUUUACAUUAUACCAAAGCCGCAUUUACAAAAAUGUAUUCUCACCGUAAAUGCUAUGGAUAUCAAAAUUGUGGGCUAUCCCGUUGGUAUAGAGGAUCAACAGAAAUAUGCACGAAAUGCAUUUUUGUUUAAUCUGUGUUUUGUAUGUGACUCAUGGGCAAGAUCGGUACAAUAUGAACCAGUUGUCAAGAAGCUCUCGGAAUAUUUGAUUAUGAUGGAAGAAGAGAGUUGUUUCCUAUCCAAAGAGGGUGACAACAAAUUGAAAUUGAUGAAAAUCUUUGAGACGGUUAUUAAUGAUUUGAACAAGAAGAAAGUUACAACUAUUGUGGAGGGUGACACAACAAUAUAUUUGAAAAUUGUAACCCACAAACCAGAUCCACCUGUUGUUAAGGAUCAUAUGGUUCCUCUUUUGCUGGUUGAUUAUCAAAAUACACCACUAGAAAAUUGGGAUUUAACAACACAACAAAUACUACCCUAUAUUAAUGGCAUUAAUCACAUUGCACGAAUUGCUGCUGAGGCCGACGUUGAGACAAAUCUCGUAAAGUCAUGUGUACAAAAUCUAGUGUACUAUGGUGUUGUACAACUCCUACCAAUUCUAAAAUAUUCUAAUGUUUAUAUGACACAAAAUCUUAAAAGUCUCAUACAAAAUCCUUCACUUACCAACGCAUGUCGAAAAUAUGUUGCCCUAAAACCAGAUAAAGUUAAACCAACAAUACAGAAAAUCUUUCAAUUUUAUGCCUCAAUGACACAUGGUGUAACAUUGCGUGUUAUAUGCCAACGUCUAUGUCCACAAAACCAUAAUAUCGAUGAAAGAAAAUUAGUUAUAUUCGGGUUGCAGCAUAAAUUUAUACGUUGCAUACAUAAAUAUCCGGUAUUUACGGGUUCAGUGCCAUCGGGGCGACAAAAAAUGUAUACGGGAUUAUCGAAUUUUGAUGAGAUAUGUUGCAAGACCGGUCUAUCGCCUUCCAGUAUAGAAAAAGAUAUAGACAAGGAUACAAAUGUUACGGUUAUUUGGAAAUGA